AUGAUACAAAGUGCGUUUAAAAGCCUUGAAAGUUUUUGCUCAUUGAGUGUGGAUUAUGAUUCCAUUAUGAAAACUUUGGAUAUCCAAAUGGACAAGACUUUAACUGUUUUACAAAGAUGUGAAUAUAUAGAAACGCAAUUCAUUCGACUUGCUUCGAAAACCCUUCCACGGCUCAACACCAUUGAAAACAUUAAAUAUAACUGGUUCCUUUCAACAGGAUCCUACGUUACAUAUGUUCAUAUUUCGGACAUGGAGCUAAUAAUUAUCUAA